CUUCACACUCCACCCACCAGAUCGCUGGUCAAAACCCUAGUCAAACCUCGCCGUUUGAUCCCCGGCAUCCAAUCCAGCCUCCAAUUGACCUCCUUUCUAGCCCAAGGAUCCAAUCCAAGCACCUAAUUCCAUCCCAUCCGGAUGGGCGAUGGCGAUGCUGCAUCGGGGACGGGGAGGAGGUGCCCCAAGCACCCGUCGGAGCCGCCCUUCACCGGCUUCUGCUCCGCCUGCCUCCUCGACAGGCUCCACGCUACCAACCUAAUUGGUGUGGUUGUGGCCUCCCCUUCCCGGCCGCCUCGUCCGCCUUCGCUUCCCUUCCACCAGGACCUGGAGGAGGAGGAGGAGUUCCUGCCUCCCUGUUCCCGUUCCAAAGGGACAACAGGAGAACCGCCAGCGGUUGGGGGGAGGACCACGCUCCUUCGUCUCUUCCAGCUAGAGGACCAAGGAGACGAGCGUGAGCAGGACACCGGCACCGGCACCGGCACCGGCACCGACGCCGCCACCUCCACCAGUGGCGGCGACGCCCAAGAUCCGCCGUUUCAUCUCCAGCGCAAGCGCUCCCUUCGCCACUCCUGCAGCGAAUGGAUCGCCUGCUGCGACGCCGCCGCCGCCAACCAUUCCUCCUGCCUACCCUCCCGUCAGUCUCUCGAUGCCUCUUCUUCCACCACCUCCGCCGCCGCAGCUGCUGGUGUGACGCUGGCGCCUGCUAAUCCACACUCAAACAACGCCGCUGCUUCUGCGGGAAGCAAUUGCGCUGCCAUGGUCGAGAGGAGGACGGGGAGCCUGAGGUGGAACCAACUCUGGCUAAUCAAGGGCGUCCUCGCCAAGCCCGGAGGGCAUCUGCUUAACAGAUCUUUCUCCGAGUCCUCUAGGUCAAAAUACGCCCUCCACCCCGGGGGCGCCGCCAUUGCAAGAUCCUCUUCGUCCCAGUCGCAAGGUGUCCGCCUCAACGGCAGCCACUCCGUGUCUUCAGCUGGGAAUGGUAUGGACUCUUCUGAGAUAUCACUCCCCGGUGAUUCUGUUGGACAUGCGCAUGUCCACCAUUGCCGGCCUCGCCUCAUGGACUGGCUCCGCCGCAGCCGCAGCGUUCACUACCCUUCUUCUACCAGCACUGUGGAUGCUGGUCUUACUCCUUUCAGAAGCAGAAGCAGCAGCACCAGGAGCACCGCACACCCAAGGUUUCCUGCUGGCUUCUUUGCUGCACAAAGAUAUCAACGCUGAUAAUUCUUGGCUACACAAUUUGUUGUAGAAUCAAAUUGUAGACUAGCAUGGUAAGUUAUGGCUAAUAAUUAAGCAAACUCUGUGCUGUCAGUGGUUGGCCAAUUAAUACCAAGGGACUGACUGUCAAUGAAAUUUUCAAGUUGAGCUCUUUUGGUAAACUUGCUAUAUGUACAUGUAGUGUACAGGGAAACCAUGAAUCAUUCUUCUCAAUGGCUAUUUGUCGGCUGCUGCUUUAGUUUUGAGUUUGUAAAUUACUCUUUUCUAUUGCUUGCUUCUGAAUAUAUUGGCUGAUGGAUUAACAUGUU